AUGUUAGCAACAAUGCAAGGAGAAUGUCUAAAAUCAGUAAUGAUAACUUUACAGAAGAAAAUGCCACAGGAAUCGAUGAUGGAACCAUUUUCGAUCAGUGAACUUUUCGAUGAAGAGGACCCAAAAAAAUUGGCGAUAGAAAAUGCAGAUUUGGAGAAAAACGAACUUUCGAAGAAUAAGGAUGAAAAAAGUGAGGAAAAAAAGCAAAAAAUAAAAAAUAACAAAAAUAUAUUUGAAGGAAAACAAGCAAAGGGUGAAGCUAGUGGACAACUGAUGAUGCUAAAUGAAGACAAAGAAGCUAAGAACACAGUACCAGACAAAUAUUCGCUGAAAAAUAUACCUGAAAUUGUAGAAGCCGAAGAAAGUACUGAUAUAGAGAAGAUAAAUUUUAGCAAAGAAAAGGGGGAAGAAAAAAUGAAUAAGCAAAAUGAAGCUGAGGUUAAGAAGCAAACUGAAAUUAAGAUCGGUGAAGCUGGGGUUAAAAAGCAAACUGAAAUUAAGAUCGGUGAAGCUGGGGUUAAAAAGCAAAAUGAAAUUAAGAGCAGUGAAGCUUGGGUUAAAAAGCAAAAUGAAAUUAAGAGCAGUGAAGCUGGGGUUAAAAAGCAAAAUGAAAUUAAGAGCAGUGAAGCUGGGGAUAAAAAAACUAUAGCAGAGUUUGAUUUGAGUACUGUAAUCGGACGUGAGCCAACAGAACUGUAUUAUGCACUAAAGGGUGGCAAUCGUAAAGUUAAGAUCACUAAUUAUACAGGACAGAGACAAGCUAUAAAGGUGAAAUGUUCAAACAAUCAACGUUAUCGAGUAAAUCCGGUAUAUUCAUUCCUAGAAGCUGGUGCAGUAAAAUAUGUUGACGUUUCUUGUCUUCCAGGACGCGCUGCAUUUGAUAAACUUGUGUUCAUUUACACACCGGCUUUACCGAAUGAAGUUAAUGCAUCAUCACUAUUUAACAAAUCAAGAAAAUAUAUGACUUUUGAAGUACCAAUAAAUGUUAUCUCAGACCAAUAA